AUGGAGGCGAACGAGGGAGAGCGGCGCGCCGGCCUCGCCGACGCGCUCGGGCGCUUGCGCCACCUCAAAGACUCGAAACUCGAGAAUCAAAAGGCUCCGGCCCAGCUCCUAGUUGCGAUCGAGGCGACGCUCGCCGAGCGCGGCGAUGAGGCGGGGCCGACGCAGUACUUUUUGGCCCUCGAAAGCUUGCUCGCUGCGAACGACGACGACAAGAGCCCGGUGUAUGCCUCGUCGGUGUACCUCUUGUCGGUGAUUCUGCCGUUUGUGGCGCAGGGCGUCGUGCGCGCCAAGAGCAACGCGCUCCUCGCCGCGGUCGCACAGCCGCUGGGCGAUCCGCACGGCGGCGAAAAUGCCAACGCUCGCCUGCGCGCCGCACUGGGGUGCAUCGAGGUAUUCCUGGACGCGGUUCCUGCCUCGGACCGCGCCAUGCUGGAGAACGAUGCGACGUGGCGCACAGUAUGGGACCUCGUCCUGCAGCUCUGCGUCGACGCACGGCCCAAGGUCCGCCGCCGUGCACACGAGCUUGUGAGCCACGCCCUGGCACUGCCGCAAUGGAAGGGAGCGCACCCGUACGCGGUGCGCACCGUGCAGUGGGCCGCGAGCGUCCUCGCGAGCGUCGCCGCGGCGCGUGGCCUCUCCCAUACCAAGCCGGCGAACGCCGCGCCAGAGUUUGACAAGAAGGCGGGCAAGGCGAAGCACGCCAUGUCCGCUGCGGCCCUCCGCCAGCAGCACGCUGCAGAGGGCUCGGCGAGCACCGGUAUCUGGGUGUGUGCGCUCCUCAAGAUGAUUGCACAGGACAUUCCCCCAAAGUGCGCCGCGCCGCUGGUCAAGGAGCUGUUGCAUUUGCCGUCGCUGCAGAACCCGUUCCUGACGGUUGCCGUCUUUGACGUGUUCUCGUCGCUGUUCGCGACACACACCGCCAGUGCCGACUCGGCUCGCGCUCAUGUAGCGGCACUCAAUGCACCGGCCGCCGAACAAAAGGCGGCGCCGGACGCGGCCAUGCUGCAAGAGACGGUGGCGGCGCUGCGCAACCCCGACAUUGUGCCGCCCCACACCGACGUGCAGACGCUGCCGUCGUACUUUGCGCUGCUGGAGGCUUGCAUGGUCGCCUAUGCGCGCCUCGGUGACGGGAGCGAGGCGUGGCGCCUCGUGCCCCAGGCGUGGGACGAUAUCCUCGCGCUUGGUCUCUCGGCCAAGUCGGACGCAAGCCGCAAUGCACAAGAGGUGCGCACGGCCGCACGCAACGCCAUGCUUGCCCUCCUGCGCUACUGCAUUCCCGACGCGGCGGUGCUCGAGGCGCAGACGUCUAAAAAGGCGCCGUUUGCCAAGCUCAUUGCCUCGCUCAAGGACGCGCUCGGCCGCCACGCAUUGCACUACGGCCAUAGCCGCGCGGAUAUCCUUGCGGUGCUCGCGGGCCUCGUGUCGCGUCUGCGGUACGCGCCCGCGCCCGGUGCGAUGCCCGCCGCCGAGAGCCUGACGAUGGACCUCGUCGAGGAUGUGGCGGUGCUGCGCUCGCAAAAAGGCUUUGACGCGCGCCCCGAGGCGGAUCUCGUGCUCGGCGCCGCGAUCGAGGCGUGCGGCCCGGAGGCGUUCCUCGCGCGCCUGCCGCUGUUGCUGCUCGACGAAAACAAACGGCCGAAUACCAAAGGCACAGGCCGUGCGUGGCUCCUCCCGCUGCUCCGUGAGCACAUUACCAACACGAACCUCGGCCACUUUGUCACAGAGCUUGUCCCGCUGAGCGAGGCGCUCUUUGAGCUCCGUGUGGCGUGCGAGACGAACGGCGCCAAGCCCGUCGAGGCCAAGGUGUUUGAGGCGCUCAUCGACCAGAUCUGGGCGUGCUUCCCGGCGUACUGCGAGCUGGCACGCGACGUCGACACCGCGCUCACGCCGCAGUUCCUCGAGCUCUUGCUGAACGUGCUCCGCACGCAGAGCGCGCUGCGUCCGAGCGUGCUCAAGGGCCUCGAGCUGCUGGUGCAGCGCAGCACUGCGCUCGCCGCGUCCACUGCGCCGCCUGCGCAGCUCACGCGCCAGUUUGGCGUGGACCAGGCGGCAGGCAAGCGCUUUCUGGCGCACCUGCAGGCCAUGUCCGGCACGCUGCUUGCGGCGCUCUUUAACCUACUUGCCGAGCUGCCUGCGCAGGCGCGCGGCUACGUGAUGGAGUGCAUCAGCACGUAUCUCGGCAUCCUCGACGCCGAGAGCCUCGCGCAGACCUUUGCUAAGGUCGCGCAGAUGCUGGAGCAGUCGCUACAGGACUACACGCCCGGCGUGCAGCCCGGCGCGCCGGAGCCCAAUUCGCCACGGUACGUGCCGCCGCUGCCGCACACGAUGCUCGACCUGCUCAUUGCACUCGUGCCGUUUGUGCGUGGCGCGAACGCCACUGCGCUGUACGACCUAGUGAGCAGCGAUGCGCUGCUCUCGGUCACCGACGGCGGCCUCCAAAAGAAGGUGUACCGCGUCUUGGCGCGCCUGAUUGCAGGCGCGGACAGCGCCACGGUCCUGCGCCACGCCGGCAAGAGCGACAGCGUGUCGGGCGGUGCAGCCGCGCUCCUUGUGCGCCUCGGCAAGCACACCGAGGCCGUGCAGCCCGGCGCGGUGCGCGACCGCCUGCUGCUCCUCGACGCCCUUGCGCCGCAGAUUGCCGAGGGCGAGCUGCACAUUCUCGGUGCAAUCGUGCCCGAGGCGGUGCUCGGCACAAAAGAGGCGAACCAGCGUGCGCGCGAGGCCGCGUACGCGCUUCUUGUCGCGAUCGGCCACCGCAUGGACCAAGGCGGCCGCCUGCGCCGCCCCGAUGGCGAGGUCGAUGCGUCGGCGAACGAGUACAUCAUGAUGGUCGCUGCUGGCCUCGCCGGUGCGUCGCCGCGCAUGAUUAGUGCGUCGAUCACGGCGCUUGCGCGCCUCUUGUACGAGUUCCACACCCAACUCCCUGCCGAGACGCUCGACGAGCUGCUGAGCACCAUGGUCGUCUACCUCGAGAGCACGAACCGCGAGAUUAUCAAGAGCGCGCUCGGUUUUUCCAAGGUGUCGAUCGUCGUGCUGGACACGCCGCGUAUCGCGCGCAGCCUCGCGCAGCUUGUGCCUGCGCUGAUCGGUGUGCAGAUUGUGCACAAGAACCACUUUAAAGGACGUGUCCGCCACAUGAUUGAGCGCCUGAUCCGCCGCUUUGGCGUGCCGGCCGUCGAGCGCCAUGUCGACGAGGACAACAAGCGCCUCAUUACCAAUAUCCGCAAGCGCAAGGAGCGUGCGAAGCGCAAGAAGAGCGCGCAAGGCGAGGACAUUGGCACGGACUCCUUCCAGCCCGCAACCGGUGCCGGCUCGAUGGACGCGUUCGAAGAGGCGCUGUACGGCUCCGCGUCCGAGUCCGAGUCGGACGACGAGGAGGAGGCGCCUGCGCGCAGCCGCGGCCGCGGCCGCCCCGACCGUGGCCGCCCCGACCGCCGCCGCAACCGCGAGGAGGAGUCGUACCUUGUCGAGGACAACGACACGCCGCUCGACCUGCUCGACCGCGGCGCGACGGCCGUGCGCGGCCACGAGCGGCGCCGCAAAGAGCGCCACCCCGGCGAGGAGGCGAGCAAGGUCGACGUGGCCGACGACGGCCGCCUGCGUUUCGAGGAAAAGAAGGCGGCGGACGACGACCAGGCGCCGGUCCAGGAUGACAUUGGCGCCGGCCGUGCCUACCUCGAAAAGAGCAUGGGCGUCGACGGCUUUACCCAUGGCCGUGGCGGUGUGGUCAAGUUCAACAAGAACACGAAGCGCACGCGUGCGAACGAGCGCAUGGACGAGGACGAGGACCCGUCGUCCGCCCCCGCACCCUCGAAGCGCCCCAAGGCCAAGAGGCAGGCCGUCGGCCAAGAGUUCCGUGCGCGCCGCGCCCAGGGCGACGUGCAAAAGAACGGCAUGAGCCCCUAUGCGUACGUUCCCCUCUCGUCCGUCACUGGCAAGAAGAACGCGCGGCAGGCGCGCAACCUGCAGAUUACCGGCAAAGGACGUAAGUAG